UGUUGAUUUCGCAUCUCACAUCGAGCGUCGCUGCCUGCGCUGCGGCUGUGGCGCCAGCGCGAUGGCGGCACGCUCUGCUGCUCCCACGCGGCCGGCAAGCACGGGCCAGGCCAGGCCAGCCGGCGGCACGUGAUGCUCGCCCGUGCCGCGGCUGCUCUCGCCGUGCAACACGCUGCGCCAGAAGUGCCUCUCGCCUCGCCUCUCCCCACCCGCUCCGCUUCCGGUCCCGCAGCCCGCAUCGCAUCGCACCCCUCCACUCUCCUGCAUCACUCACAUCGCAUCGCAUCGCAUCGCAUCGCAUCGCUGCCGUCGGCGCACAGGGCGUUCCACGCGCCACCUUUUGCAGCGCAUCCGCCAUGGCCGCCGCCCCUCCACGCGCCGCGCCCGUCGCGCGCCCCGCCGCCGCGGGCGCGGGCAAGGGCCGCGAGAGCAUGACGACGCAGGCCAAGAACAUCGUCAUGACCGAAGCCGGCCGGCGCGCAUGGUACGACGCCGAGGGGCGGCCCAUCGAUGCGUACAUCGUCGGCAUUGCCGGCGGCUCGGCGUCGGGCAAGACGAGCGUGGCGCGUGCGGUGAUCAAGAGCCUGCCCAACGUGCCCUGGGUCGCCAUCGUGAGCCAGGACAGCUUCUACAACAGCCUGACGCCGGAACAGAGCAAGCUGGCACACUCCAACAACUUCGACUUUGACCACCCGGACGCAUUCGACUACCAAAUCAUGAAGGAGUGCAUCGAGGACCUGCGGCAUUCACGAGCCGUCGACAUCCCGGUGUACAGCUUCGUGCAGCAUCAACGCACCGCCGACACGACGUAUCUCUACGGCGCAACAGUGAUCCUCCUCGAGGGCCUCUUUGUCCUGCACGACCCGGCCAUCCGCGAGCUGCUGGACCUCAAGAUCUUCGUGCAGGCAGACAGCGACCUCAUGCUUGCGCGUCGGUUGCGACGGGAUAUCGCAGAGCGAGGGAGGGACGUCAACGGUGUGCUUGACCAGUACCUACGCUACGUCAAGCCGAGCUACGACAACCACGUGUCGCAGACCUCUCGCCACGCCGACAUCAUCGUGCCCGGACAGCGCAACGACGUCGCGAUCGACGUCAUCUCUCAGCACAUCAAGCGCCAGCUCAAUGCGCGCGCCAUGCGGCUGCGCACGGAGCUCAGUCGUACGCCUGCAACACCCAGGAGGGAGAUGAAGCACUCGCCGUUUGAGGCGCUGAGUCUGACGAGAUGCAGCUCCGUCGAGGGCUUUGGCGCGGCCCAGGAGAACACGAUGCACGAACUUGGAUCGCUGCCGCCAAAUGUGCAUCUGUUGCCGCAGAAGCCGCAGCUUACGGCACUGCUCACGAUGAUGCAUGACGCCAGCGUCUCGGGCGAGGACUUCAUCUUCACCAUCAAUCGCCUCGCCCUGCUCGUCGUCGAGGCCGCCAUCGCGCAUCUGCCGCACCGACCCAAGGAGAUCACCCUCGUGUCGGGCAAGCAGCAUGUAGGCAGCGAGCUGGCUGUCGAGAACAUCUGCUCGAUUUCCAUCCUGCGAAGCGGCGCUAUGCUUGAGCCGUCGGCUCGCCGCGCCAUUCCCGCCCUGCAAACCGGCAGUCUGCUCAUCCAGUCGGAUCGUGAAGGCGAGCCGAAGCUGUACACCGUCGACCUGCCGCGCUUCCUGCGUGCGCGCGAGAGUGCAACGCAGGCCUGGGUCAUGCUGCUUGACUCGCAGUGCGGCACGGGCGCGGCGGCGUUUAUGGGCAUUCGUGUGCUGCUCGACCACGGCGUGCAGGAGCAGCACAUCCUCUUCGUCGUGCUGCUCGCCUCGGCAAAGGGCGGCAUCCACGCUUUGCAUCGUGCGUUUCCGCGCGUCAAGAUCGUGGUGGCGGGCAUCGAUCCGGACCUCAAGAAGCGGCGCAUCAAGACUCCGUCGACUGUGGUGCGCGCAGGCCGGAGAGGCGACGAUGAAGAUGCCUCGUCGGACGUCGAGGCGGAAGAGGAAGAGGCACGGAGAUUGGGCGGCGUGGCGGAAGGAGAGGAGCAGACGCGCGUCUGCUGGAGCCUGGAGCCGGGCUGCGGCAACAUGGGCGAUCGCUACUGGGGCAGUGGAGGCAAAUGAUACAGGCGUGGCAUGUGAGAGAGGUGACGGUGAUGUGGGGGAGGCUGAGUGACGUGG